CCAACUGCUACAAUGGUAUAUGAUCUUAAAGAUGAGAGGACUGUUCUUAGACGUGGAAAGAGGAUAAGGAAAGGUGAAGGAAAACAGGAAGCAUUGGAAACCAAACAAAUUGAGAUUUUAGAAAACACUCCUACAGUAGCACAUGGAACUACUCUAAGAAGAGACAGAGAAAAAAAAGUUCAUUUUGAACUUGACCAAAAUAAGACUUCAGAAAAUAUUCCUUUCCAAGCAAAUGGAAAUCUCUUAAGAAGGGGCAGAAAGAAAGAGGUCAGUCUUACAUCACAGGUAGUUAGUUCUACGUCUCUUAGAAAAAAAUAUAACCUGUUAGAAAUUGAUGCCAAAAAGGAGACUCCUAAAAAAGACAAAGCAGCAGCUUCAGAAUAUACUGUUUCCUCAACAAAAGAGAAUCCAGUCAGAAGGGGAAGAAGGAAACAGGUUGAUGAUAAAGUUCUGGCCACUAGUUCCACUUUUUUUGGAGGAAAAUGCAGCUUGCUGGAAUAUAGUGGUAAAGAAGAGGUGUCAAAAGAUCACAGUGUGCCUUUGGAAACUAUGGUUUUGCAUACAAAAGAGAAGCUAUCAAGAAGAGGCAAAAGGAAUGAGGUUUUUCUCACAGCUAGAGGCGCUUCUCUGAGAGGAGAAAGCAGCUUACCAGAACAUGAUGGUAAAGAGGACAUUCCUGAAGAAGACCAAAAUGUGCUUUUGGGAAAUACUGCCGAGACCAAAGCUACUCCAUCAAGAAAGAGUCGAAGGAAACAGGUUGCUCUCACAACACAAGCAACUGGUUGCACUUCUCUCAGAGAAAAAAGCAGCUUGCCAGAAAAUGAUAAAGAAGUGAUUCCUAAAGAACAAAACAUGUCUUUGGGAAGUACUACCUCCCAGGAAAAAGCAAAUCUAUCAAGGAACAGCAGAAGGAAGCAGGUUGAUCUCACAGCACAAGGAGCUAGUUCCACAUCUCUCAGAGGAAAAAGCCGCUUACUAGAAAAUAAUGGUAAAGAGGAAAUUCCUGAAGAUGACCAAAAUGUGCUUUUGGGGAAUACUGCCAAGACCAAAGCUACUCAAUCAAGAAAGAGUCAAAGGAAACAGGUUGAUCUUACAACACAAGAAACUAGUUGCCCUUCUCUCAGAGGAAAAAGGAGCUUGCCAGAAAAUGAUGAUAAAGAAGAGAUUCCUAAAGAUCAAAACAUGUCUUUGGGAAGUACUGCCUCCCAGGAAAAAACAAAUCCAUCAAGAAACAGCAGAAGGAAGCAGGUUGGUCUCAUAGCACAAGGAGCUAGUUCCACAUCUCUCAGAGGAAAAAGCAGCUUGCCAGAAAAUGAUGGUAAAGAGGACAUUCCUGAAGAAGACCAAAAUGUGCUUUUGGGAAAUACUGCCGAGAUCAAAGCUACUCCAUCGAGAAAGAGUCGAAGGAAACAGGUUGAUCUCACAACACAAGCAACUAGUUGUACUUCUCACAGAGGAAAAAGCAGCUUGCCAGAAAAUGAUGAUAAAGGGAAGGUUCCUGCAGAAGACCAAAAUGUGCCUUUCAAAAAUAUUACCAAAACACAAGCUAAUCCAUCAAGAAAGGGCAGAAGGAAACAGGUUGAUCUCACAACACAAGCAACUAGUUGCACUUCUCUGAGAGGAGAAAGCAGCUUACCAGAAAAUUAUGGUAAAGAGGACAUUCCUGAAGAAGACCAAAAUGUAUUUUUGGGAAAUACUGCUGAGGCCAAAGCUACUCCAUCAAGAAAGAGUAGAAGGAAACAAGUUGAUCUCACAACACAAGCAACUAGUUGCACUUCUCCCAGAGGAAAAAACUGCUUGCCAGAAAAAAAUGAUAAAGAGAAGACUCUGAAAGAUGAAAAUGUGUCUUUCAGAAAUGCUACUGAGACAAAAGCUAAUCCAUUCAGCAAGGGUAGAAGGAAACAGGCUGGUCUCACAACACAGGCAGCUAGUUGCACUUCUCUCAAAGGAAAAAGCUUGCCAGAAAAAGAAGGAAAAGAGAAGACUCCUAAAGAAAACCAGAAUAUGCCUUUGGGAAAUAUUACUUCCCAGGCUUCAAAAAAGGGUGGAAGGAAACAGCUCGAUCUCACAACACAGGCAGCUAGUCCCACUGCUAUUGAGGGAAAAAGUUGCAUGCCAAAAAAUGAUAGUAAAAAGAAGACUUCUGAAGAAGACCAAAAUGUGCCUUUGGCAAACACUACUUUAGAGACAAAAGCUAAUCCAUCAAGAAAGGGCAGAGGGAAACAGGUUGAGCUCACAUCUCAAGCAGCUAGUUCCACUUCUCUCAGGAGAAAACGCCACUUGCCAGAGGAUGAAGAGACAGCCAAAAAACUAAAAGCAGAGUGUGGUGAAAGAAUUACUCUGCAGAAAGAAACAAGGAACAAAAGUAACAGAAAACUUGAUAAAUGUGGUUUAAACAUUCAGAGUGUUGGAGGAACAGAAAGGAAAACAAGAGCAAGUACAAGAACAAGAAAAUAAUGUCAUAGUUGUAGAGUGAGUGUUGCAAUAUCAAUAUUUGAUUUUGCAAUUUUUUUAUGUAAAUGGAGAAACGCUUAGAUUUUAUAGUUGUAAAGCAUUCAGUGAAUUUAAGUGUAGUGGUGAUAUGUUUAUCUGUUUUUAUAAGUAGAAGAAAUACCUCUUUUAACGGCAUAAUUCAGCCAUAAAUGUUUGCUUUCGAAACUCUGGUGAGCUUUAGCAAAACUACAGCAACCAAAAAAACUUCCUGGGCCAAAUUAGUGCUGCCUUUCUUGGAUCAUUAGAACAGUUUGAAAGUUGUAUUAUUUUGCUGAAUCUGCCUAUAUAUAAUUGUAUGUUCUUAUCUAGUUUAGCUUAUUUUGGUAUAUUGAAGGUUUAUUUUUUCAUGAAAGUUUUGUAAAUAUCUUUUUUUUUUAAAGUCUACAGGUUUUUAUUGGCAAAGCUAUUAUGUGGAAAUUCUGACAACUGCUUAAAUUGACUAUUGCAAAAAAUGCAGAUAGAUUUUUAUAAGUCAAUAAAUUUUGUAAAUGCUA